ACUGUGAACUGUCGCAUUCGUUCAUUGGUGGAGCGCUUGUAGGCGUGGUCAGGAACGGCGCUUCCGGUGAGGUUUGUGUGAGGCAGCGGCUGAGGAGGCUUCAACGUUAUCACCGAAGGAGUCGGCAAAUUCGUCAUGUCAGAGACCGACCCGAAAACCGUGCAGGACCUCACAGAGGUGGUUCAGAAUCUGCUGCAACAAAUGCAGGACAAGUUCCAGACCAUGUCGGAUCAGAUCAUCGGGAGGAUUGAUGACAUGAGCACUCGCAUCGAUGACCUGGAGAAAAAUAUUGCGGAUCUUAUGACGCAAGCUGGCGUAGAGGAGGAGGACGGUGCUAACAAGGCUGCCAAACAUUGAGCAGAGCGGCUCGGAUUUUCUACCAGCGCACAGGACUACUGUAACAUUGUCCUCAGUGUUGUGUGUCAUUUCUUAGCCGUGUUGUAUAUUUAGAUAAUUGGUUUUGUAUUUUAUCCUUUUUGUGAAUUCACUUUUGUUUCCACAUCUGUAGGAAAAUAAAUAGAAAAAUGCCA